GUGUGAAGAUUAACUAUUUACUAGACGCGUCCGCCAUUAUCUUGAAAUUGGUAAAGAAUUUGUUGGUGAUUUUUUACCAAAUAUUUCGUUGAAAUGUCGCGAAGUAAGACAAGACUUUACUUCGGAAAGUUACGAGAAGAUAUUAGAGAAAGAGAUGUCGAAAAAUUUGUUCGUGGAUACGGUCGAAUACGAGAUAUAAGUCUGAAAAGAGGCUAUGGUUUUGUGGAAUUUUAUGAUGAAAGAGAUGCGGAAGACGUGGUUUGGGAGUUAAAUGGUAGAGAGUUACUGGGAGAACGAGUCAUCAUUGAACAUGCCAGAGAUCCUUCUUCAAGACGAGAUUUUUCCUAUGGAUUUAGAAGAGAAAGAAGUCCUGAUAGAUAUCGUAGCUCAAGGAAAAGUCGAAAUAUACCUGUCCGAACUGAUCAUCGACUGCUGGUGGAAAACUUAUCGAGCCGUAUAAAUUGGCAGGAAUUGAAAGAGCUCUUUAACGAUGCUGCUGAAGUGACUUUUUCUGAUGCACACAAGCGAGAAAAGAAUACUGGGAUUGUGGAAUUUGCAACAAAGGAUGACAUGAAGACCGCAUUGAAAAAGUUACAGGGACAAGAAGUGAACGGGAGGAAAAUCAAACUGUCUGUUGAAAAAGUUGGUGGAUCUCGAUCACGCUCGAGGUCAAGGGAACGAAGAUCUCGAUCACCGAAGCGUCGUCGUCGCUCUAAAUCAAAAUCCAAAUCAAAAUCCAAAUCAAAAUCUAAAUCAAAAUCCCCAAAACGAUCGCGUUCCAGAUCUCGUUCUAAGGACAGCGGUGAUGAAAAGAAACAAACGCCUUCAAGGUCAAGAUCGAAGUCAGAGGAACCUAAAUCUAAAUCUAAAUCUCGUUCCCAAUCUCCCGAGGCAGAGCCAGAAGCAUCGGCACAGGAAAGUGCGCGCGAGUCUGGGGACGAGAGUCCACAGAAAAAUGGUGAAGAUGAAAACGGGCAGGAAGAGGAAGAGGAAAACGCGGAAUAAACUUAAACAUGAAUCUUUUAUUACUAUGUUAUAUAUCUAUUUACUGCAGACUUGGUAUUUUAAAUUUCGCGUAUUAUAUAUGCCUUCUGUACAUAGAACUUUCAUAAUUUUUCGUUCGAAUUGUAAAGAAUCUUGGCGCAAGUGGUUAUGAGUUCAUAUUAGAAUCAAUUCGUUAACUGUCCGAUA